AUGUCCGACCAGCGCAGUACUGUGGACGAUGCGAGCGGUUCGAUCGAGGUCAAGGAAGCAGAUCAAGACGUGGAAAUGAAAGAAAGCGCCAGCACAGCACCCACUGAUGCCGAGAAUCGCGCAUCUGAAGAGGGCGAGAAAGACGUUUUUCAGGUGAUACAGAGUCUGACAACUUACCUUUCUACAAUCCAAGAGGACGGUGAAGAACUUGCGGCAGCUUUUCAGCGCAUCCCUAACCGACGUACAUUGCCGGAUUAUUUCGACGUCAUUACUCAUCCUGUUGCAUUCAGCACCAUUCGCGGGAAAAUCCAGAAGAAGCAAUACCAGGCUUUCUCGGGCUUUGUCGCAGAUGUCGCCCAAAUCUGUCACAAUGCUCAGGUGUAUAAUCGUCCUUCCGCACCAGUAUUUGCCGCCGCCGUUCGUCUGCGGGAUAUAUUUAGCGAGAAGUUGCAGCAGCUGGCUGCCAAGGGGGACAUAUCUUCCGACGAUGCGAAACUGCCCGAUCUGGGCGAACUCCCUCCUGUGGAAGACUCUGUGUCGCUGCAAUAUCAAAACGACGAUGAGGAGGAUGAGGAAGAUGCGGACAAGGGCGAUGAUGGGGAGGAUGAUGAAGAGGAUGACUACUCGUCUGAUGAUGCUGAUCGGCAACGGAGUCGCAAGGGAAGACGUGUUCGAGGGCAGCAGACGCCCAGCGGACGCAAAGAACGGGAUGACGAUGUCGACGACGAGAUGCACAAAAAGAGGGGCCGGCCCCCCACGGUGCCAACACCGAUGGAGGCUCGCAUAACCUCAAUCCUUCGGGGGCUGAGAAAGUUCAAAGACAAGGAGGGAAACCUUCUCAUACUGCCGUUUGAAAAGCUUCCGGACAAAGUCGCCAUGGCGGAUUACUAUCAAACCAUCACUAACCCUAUCGCUCUGGACAAUAUCAAAAAGAAGGCCAAACGCAAGAAGUACCGCAAUGUCGACGAUCUCCAGAAGGAUAUCGAGCUGAUGUUUGAUAAUGCAAGACUUUACAAUGAGGAUGGAAGCGCCGUUUAUCUCGCUGCUACUGAACUUCAGAGACAAUCGCGAUCUCUAGCGGAGCAGGAAAAGGCUAGGCCGGAUGAUGACUUUAGGGAUGAAGAUGGCAAGCUACCCCUGGGUGAGAUUCAGCAUGACGGACGUAUUUGGAAAGUCGGUGAUUGGAUCCACAUUCGAAACCCAAAUGACCUCGCAAAACCGAUUGUUGCCCAGAUCUUCAGAACCUGGCAAGAUGGGGCCGGGCAGAAAUGGGUCAACGCAUGUUGGUACUACCGUCCAGAGCAGACGGUGCAUCGGUAUGAAAAACAUUUUUUCGAACAUGAAGUGGUCAAAACAGGUCAGUAUCGGGAUCACCAAGUGAGCGAGAUCGUCGAACGAUGUUUUGUCAUGUUCGUCACCCGGUUCAACAAGGGAAGACCUAGAGGCCUCCCGUCAGCAAGUGAAGUCUAUGUCUGCGAAUCGCGCUACAACGAGGAAAAGUUCCGGUUCAACAAGAUCAAAACCUGGGCGAGCUGUGUCCCAGACGAAGUCCGAGACAGGGAUUACGAAAUGGAUCUUUUCGACGCACCACGUCGUAUGAGGAAGAUACCAAGCCCCAUCAAGCACUUGUUGCGCGAAGACGCGAAAGAAACCGAUGAGCUUCCCCGACCUACUUGGGGCAGCCCAAACGCCCCGCCGAUAGUUGGCGCUGUGCAUCGGAGACCCCUUGAGCCAAACGAAUCGCCUCCACCAGAACCGACGCCGCCGCCGUCAAUGCCAACACCUCUGGAGGCAUCGUCGGAUGUUGUCGCAAGGUCUUCGGCCUUACCCACGAGCCCGAUGGAUGCCGUUAGAAGCCCGCUAUCCGCGUUUGCUGGGCCCACCCCCCCAUCAUCUCUCCCAUCGGGUCAGUACAACAACAACAACAUGGUUGCUGGCCAAUUUGCGCCGACGACGCCUGGUGUCAACGGCCACAUAGUCCAACAGACACCCGUGCCGGUUCCCAACCCUCCCCCACCAGCGGUGGCUUCACAAAUCAACACUCGGCCAAUGCAAUACCAGAAGCAGCAGCACCAGCAGCACCAGCAGCACCAGCAGCAACAGACUGGUUAUGUCCCAAACAUUGCGCCCGCAUUCUCUCAACAGCCACCAGCCUUCAACCAUUCGCAACACACGGUGAGCCCGUCUGCUGCCAUGACCUACAAUCACCAGCCACCUGGACGAACCUCGUUUAGCGCAGCGGCCUGCAAUGCUACCGCCACAAACGUAUACAAUCCCCCGAGACCACCAGAGGUCUACACACUGCCAGACAACAUAAACGCUGCCCUCGAUGAGCAGAUCCGUCGCAAUUACCAACAUGAUGGAGACGGCCGCGUCUUGUUUUUCGCGGGACCUCCACUGAAACGGAAAAAUAACCGGCUUUCUCCUCAGGACGCUGGAAUAGGACAUAGCGCUAAGUAUCUUGCGGGUCGUGAGGCAUGGCUAGCAGAUCGCAAGAGUAAGAAGAUGAAGUGGUACGAAGGGCAGCAGUCUGGAGCCGAACAUUCAAGUGCAUCCACUCCGGUUGAAGAUGGUGAAAGCGACUCCAUCGCCACCCAAGCGGCCACCGCAAUCACCCGGUGGCUCCUUUGUUACAAUGAUCAGACAGUCGAAUGGCAGCGAGCCGCCGGCUUACAGGGCUGGCAAAUAAAUGCGUAG